CUUUCUCCCCGUGUGUUUCUCUGUCCCCGCGUCUCUCUCUGCCCCCGCGUCUCUCUCCCCGUGUCUCUGUCCCCGCGUCUCUCCCCGUGUCUCUCCCUGUGUCUCUGUCUCCGCGCGUGUCUGAGUGAUGGCUCCGUCUCGGAGGCUACAGACGAAGCCGGCCAUCGCCUGCCUCAAGACUCUGCUCCUCCUGUACAGCCUCGUCUUCUGGGUGACGGGGCUGGUGCUGCUGUCUGUGGGGGUCUGGGGGUCGCUGUCGCUGGGCCCCUACCUGGCGCUGCUCUCCGAGCAGGGGGCAGGGGGGGGGCGGCACCGCGCCACCGCCCCCCUCGUGCUCAUGGCCACGGGGGCAGCCAUCCUCCUCUUCGGGCUCGUCGGCUGCCUGGCCACCUGCAGGGGCAGCCCGUGCCUGCUCAAGCUGUACGCAGUCCUCCUGCUCACCGUGUUCCUGGCUGAACUCAUCGCUGGGAUUUCUGGCUUCAUCUUCCGUCACGAGAUUAAUGGGCUGUUUCGGAGCAACCUGAAGAGAGCACUUGAUGCCUACAGCGGAACGUCACACAGCGGCAGUGACGGAGCCAUCGAUACGCUACAACGCACGCUGCGCUGCUGUGGGCUGAACGACUACGAGGAUUGGUGGAAGACUCCGUACGGCGAGGCGAGCGGAGUGCCCCCCAGCUGCUGCGUCAACGCCACCGACUGCGGCGCCGGCGCCCUCGGCAACGCCACCAGCGCCGGGACCAUCGUCUACCGCCAGGGUUGCUUCACGCUCGUCACCAGCUUCAUGCAGCAGCAUCUCGCUGUGAUAGCCGGCAUCGCCUUCGGCAUCGCCUUCUCGCAGGUGUUUGGCAUUGCGAUCUCCUGCUGCCUCGCCAGACACAUCAACGCCAACCAGUACGAGAUGGUGUGAGGUCACGCGGGGCGGGAACAGUUGCCAGCUGUUGACCCCACCAGCUGUUGACCCCUCCAGCUGUUGACCUCUCCACCUGUUGACCCCACCAGCUGUUGACCCCUCCACCUGUUGACCCCACCAGCUGUUGACCCCUCCAGCUGUUGACCCCACCAGCUGUUGACCCCUCCAGCUGUUGACCCCACCAGCUGUUGACCCCUCCAGCUGUUGACCCCACCAGCUGUUGACCCCUCCAGCUGUUGACCUCUCCACCUGUUGACCCCACCAGCUGUUGACCCCUCCACCUGUUGACCUCUCCACCUGUUGACCCCACCAGCUGUUGACUGCUCCACCUGUUGACCCCUCCACCUGUUGACCCCUCCACCUGUUGACCCCACCAUCUGUUGACCCCACCACCUGUUGACCCCACCACUUGUUGACCCCACCAGCUGUUGACCCCUCCACCUGUUAACCUUUUCACCUGUUGACGUCUCCACCUGUUGACCCCACCACCUGUUGACUGCUCCAACUGUUGACCCCUCCACGUGUUGACCCCUCCACCUGUUGACCCAACCAGCUGUUGACCCCUCCACCUGUUGACCCCACCAUCUGUUGACCCCUCCACCUGUUAACCUC